UUGUAUUUUUAAAAUUAUAUCUAGUUUUUUUUUAUUAGUAAAAAUCAUUAAUAAAUUUAAUCAAAUGUCUUCACGAGGUCAAUUCGAAACAGAAAAACUCCAUCAUAAACUUGAGGCUCAACUAGAUCGACUUGUUAAUCAACUUAGUGAUUUGGAAGAGUGCAAAGAAGAUAUGGACAAAAAUGAAUACGAAGAAACUAAGCAAGAUACUUUAGAGCAGUUGCGCGAGUUUGAAAUUUCAUUGAAAAAAAUGAUUGAAGGUAACAUAACUCUAGUUGACGAAUUUAAUGGGAUACAAAUUGCUAUUCAAGCUGCUAUUUCUGAAGCCUUUAAAACACCUGAAGUUAUCAAGAUGUUUGCUAAAAAACAACCUGAGCAACUCAGGCAAAAGUUAUCUCAAUUACAGCUAGGAAUUAGUUCAGGAAAAUUAUGUGGUGUAUUUUAUCAACAACAAAUAGUUGAAAUUUUAAGUGCACUAAAAAAGCUUGGUGAAGUUUUGACUCAUUCUGAAGAAGAGUAUUUAAGAAAAAAUGCAUCAGCCAAGUUAUAUCAAUUUUCAAAUGUUAGUGAAACUAUUGGAGAUAGCCUUUUAAAAGUCGUUCAUAAGGAAGUAAAACAAAAUAGUGAAUAGUUUUUAUGAAGUAUAAAAUCACAAUUUUAAAAAAAAAAAGCAAAAAAAACCCUAUAAAUGAUAUCAAGAUAAAUAACUUUUUCUAGAAUAUUAUUUUAGAUAAAAAAUUACAGAUUUUUAUCUUUUCUAAAAAACAACAAAUUAAAUAUGAUUAUUAAAAAAAAAAUUUCAAUAUUUUUUUAGUUUUCUUUUAAUUUGUAUUCUUUACUUCAGUAGUUUAGUAAAUUUUGACAAUCAGGUGUUAUUAUUUCUUAUUUGUAGAUUUUAUUUUAUUUACAGCUAAUUUUAAACAUUUUUUUAUUUUAUAUUUCUUUUUGAUAAAAUAUUUAUUCUUGAA